AUGCGUUCGUGCGGACACUGCGGGUGCGUUCAGCUGGACAGCGAGAGAGCGUCAUGCCAUUCCCACGACAGGGAGGCCUUCCCUCGGCGGCGCCACCGGGUUACCGCCCGCUGGUUUUCGCGAACGCCCCUGGCCAAAAGCUGCUGCCGCUGCUGCUGCUGUCGCCAUCUCCCAUUGGAGGGAGAAGAGGAGCCGUUCUUUUCUCUGGCGAGCAGAAGAUGGGGGAGGGGGCGGGACCUCCCGCCGCCGACGCCUCCCCCGGUUCUCCUCUGUCGCCGUGAAUAGGGUGGAAUCUCCUCCUGCCUAGGCUGUGGCUGGCCCUAGAUGAGCCCCGAAGACCAGGGAGGUUCUGAGUGACGGUCAACGUUCGGCGACUUCAAGAUGCUGAAGAACGUCCAACGCGUUCGUACCCAGUACAAAAUUUGCGAUUAAUUAACGGCCAUAAAGUAAUGUCGGUUCAUAUAUCAUUUAUACAUGCUGAUUUAAGCGACCGAUACCCUGGGUAAGAUGCCACGUGCAGACAGCCCACGGUCCAGCCCAAGAACGCGGUCGCAGGCCCAUGAGUAGGCCCAGAGGAACAUUAGGCUCACUAGAAUGAUGUAAUCUGGGCGUCCCAUUUGGACCCCUGAGACAAGGCCCAGACAAACCCGGCCCAUUGACCCAGAGAGAGAGAGAGAGAGAGAGAGAGAGAGAGAGAGGCUUUUUGGAUAGUAGUGCAAUGAAUUAAAUUUUCAAUUAAUGAGCCCAGUUAGCAAGUUUUCCAUGUUUUUUUUCUCGCGGGAACCCAUCGAGGGUUCGGGGAGCGGCUCCGGUUUUUUCCCAUUUUUCACCAAUAAUGUUACUAAUUAUUGUCGUCGUCGCAUCCUCACCGUCCGUUUUUCAUGAUCCUCACUAGAGAGCAGAAUAUUCUUAGUUUAGACAUCCAAACAGCCGCUAAGGCGUCCUAAUCCCCUCUCCCAGGCGAAAAAACUGACCCGAGCCGCGCUGCGUGUGCACAUCGGAGAGAGGGUGACAGUCGGAGAGGGAUGAGACCCAUGCUGAUCGUCGGUUUUCGGCUGCGUCAGCCUCGUACUCUCUCGGAUUUGCAUGCGCAGCGCUACGGACGGGAACCGAACUGCGAAACCGACGCAGCUCGAGAACAGACGGACACCUCGCCGGAGGACCGUUUUGUUAGUUCCUCUACACGCUGUUAGGACAGCCAUUAAAAGGCUUCUCCUCCUCCACAGCCCGACCCCACCGGACCUUGGAACCCCGCCUGUGUGCAGAAGGAUGGCUCCGAGGUCCGUCUUCCCCGCCUCUCUGCCACCGGCCUUGGCGACACUCAUCCUCUCCUCGCUCCUCCUCCGCCCCGCCGGCUCCUCCACCACCCUCGACGGCUGGAUCUCCGACACCAUGGAGGAGUUCGACAGGCUGACGGCGGCGACCGCCGCAGGCGUCUCCGACACCCUGGACGCACGCCUUCAGCUGGCGGAGAGCAAGCGCCUGAUCAUCACCGUCAGGCAGGACGGCACCGGCGACUUCCGGACCGUGACGGAGGCGGUGGGCAGCGUGCCGGAGGGGAACGGGCGGCGGACGAUCAUCAAGAUUGGCCCCGGGGUGUACGUGGAGAAGCUGACGGUGGAGAGGACGAAGCCCUACGUCACCUUCUACGGCGACCCGCAGUCGAUGCCGACCAUCGUAUUCAACGGGACGGCGGCGCUCUACGGCACGUGGAACAGCGCCACCGUGGCCGUCGAGUCUCACUACUUCAUAGCGUGCCACAUCAUCUUCCAGGUGACACGCCCGGCCACGGUUCUCUGAUGAAAUCGACAUUAAUCAACAACAAGCGAAUUGAGCGGAAAUAUAUGAUUCCGAUUCUGAAAUUCAUAGUCUUCAUUGAAUCACUGUCUGUGCGAAGAACUCCGCGCCGAUGCCAAGGAUGGGAGAGGAGAAUAGGCAGGCCGUGGCCAUGCGGAUAUCCGGCGACAAGGCGGCGUUCUACAACUGCAAGUUCUAUGGUUUCCAAGACACUCUCUGCGACGACACAGGGAAGCACUUCUUCAAGGACUGCUCCAUAAGAGGAACCGUCGACUUCAUCUUCGGCAAUGGGAGAUCCAUCUACUCGGUGAUCUCUCUCUCUCUCUCUCUCUCUCUCUCUCUCUCUCUCUCUCUCUCUCUCUCUCUCUCUCUCUCUCUCUCAUCUGAGAGCUUUCGUUCCGCUUCUCCGUAACAGGACUGCGACAUAGAGUCCGUGGCGCCGCCGACGGGUAUAACGGCGAUCGUAGCCCAGGGGAGGGAGAACGCCAACAAGGGGGGGUUCUCCUUCAUCCACUGCAAGAUCCAUGGAACUGGGAAGGCCUAUCUGAACCGGGCAUGGAGGGACAGCUCGAGGGUCGUCUUCGCCAACACGUACAUGGGCAGCCUUGUCACCCCCACGGGCUGGGACGACUUCGGCGUCCCCGCCCGUGACCGGUGCGCUAAUCUUCCUUCCUCUUCCAUCCUCCAUUCUUCACUGGCUAACCUAGAUGCCUAUAUGAUUUCUUCCGAUCCUUCUCCAUCGAUUUGGUCAAUCAAGCAUAGUUCAUGUUGAGAAUCUACUAAGAUAACUGCAUGAGUGAUGGAUAUACCGAUACAGUUUACUAACUAAAAAAAAAGGCACAUCUGCUCAUUUAUAGUUGGCUUCUUAGUCCUUUGAAUUCACUAAUUUAUCAUGAUCAUGAAGAGUUAAGUUCUGAGGUCUCCUCAUGUGGCCAAUGCAGGACGGUGUUCUACGGUGAGUACAACUGCUCAGGGCCGGGAUCGUCCACCGCCGACCGAGUGGGCUACGCUCGAGUGCUGACGGAGAAACAAGUAAAGCCUUUCCUGAGCCCUACCUUCAUCCGGGCCUCCACAUGGCUUCUCCAUCCACCCAAGCCUUAGAGCCUCAGGGGGCAACUGAACGGCAAAAGGUGCAUGUAAUCUUUUGUUGAGCGACGCUGCAUUUACAGAAAAAUUGGUGAGCCGAGAGAUAAUGUGACAUGUGGGAGCAUACUCAUCUUCUCUAUUUAUUCCUGUAAAAGGAUCUGUCAUCUUCCAAGAGCAAUGAUCUCAAUAAUCUCAAAAUUUAACCCCAACCGAUUUGCAGUGGAAUCCAAGAGCAAGAUUUCAAUUGAAUUGUCAAUAGAAGUUGAGGCAGAGUCACUAGCUAAGCUCGAUCGGGUUCCUCUUGCAUCAAACAAGUCAGAGGCUAGAUUUAUAGAUCUGGUUAAGAAAUCAACCCUUGCAAGCUGAAAAAGGAUCUUUCUUCCUCGAAUUAUCACUUUUUGAAAAUACUCUCACAUCGAAUUCUAUGGACAAGCUUGGUCAUGGCCGCAUCAAAGUAGGAGCAAGGUGUCACAGACUUGCCUAUCAUAAUGCUUCAGCUAUGUGCUAAAAUUGGGCAUGUGUAAGACCACAACCAACUUAGACCUUCAUGAGUGAGAGUUUUAGCCCAAAAGAUGACUUCUAUUACAUUACUCAAGGUUGCAUGACACUAGGUGCCUAACUCUUAAUAUAGAGGGGUUAAAUUCAUGAUUAUUAAAUUAAAUGGUCUUAGAUUAAUUUUAAUCUCACUUCUGGUGUUAGACAUGAUGCCAUGUCGUGCCAUCUGUGGUCAUAGUGUCAUAUGCAUGUACAUUUGCCAUGUUGUUUUAUGCCAAACUAACCAUCGACUAUAAGGUUCCACCUAACGAGUCUCUGCUUGAUGUGCAAGUCAUGUGACAUCGUCACCUUCCUCAAGCUCUAUUGUCAUCAUCGAAGGGUGUUUGUUGCUCAAGGUAGCAAUGGUUAAGACCUUUGAAAUGCCAGAGGUCAAUAUCACACUCCAACGUCGCUUUUUCCUCUGGUUGGCCAUGUUUACUUAAUAAUGAAUCACCACUACCACAAUCUCACUACAAUCCAAUAUGAUCACUACCCUUAAGGUAUAUUGCUCCUAGAUUGUUUGUGAUGGUCACUAUGGGCAGUUGAGGGUCUUUGGCAUUUCCUUGGUGCGCAUCACAAUAAGCAGUGAUAUGUGGAAUACCGAGUGUAUUGCAAGCCGACGGGGUAGCUUCAGUCAGAAUGAAGAGAGAAAAGCCAAGGGUGAAUCGAGAUGAAGAAAAGGAGGAAGAUGAGAGGAAAAUUUGAACCUAUUGAGAGAUUGAAAACAAAAAUGGGAAGCUCCGAGAAAAGACAAUGGAGUGAGAUACUGGCGAGUUAGAGCAAUGGCAAGACAAGGCGGCUAUGAGAUGAGGUCGUGACAAGUUGAGACAACAGUGAGACAAGAUAGUGGUAUGGUGAGGCAGCGGUGAAUCGAGGUUCACCUCUAAGAAGAGGAAGCGAUUAGUAGGAAGGGAAAAAGAAUAUAGAAUUGAUUACCUAAGGAUUUUAUGCUUACCUGCACAUAUUUAUAAGAAAAUCCUAGAGGUUUAAAACAAUAUUAUAUCUGAUGAAGUGUCUAUAAUUUCGAUGUACUUUCAUGUUGUGUUAUGCUGUGCUAUUGGUGAUAUCUAUAGUAGCAUUAUUGUCAUAAAAUAAUUUGAGUGGUAAUUUCACACAAAGACCAUGAUCAAGCAUGUGCCAUAAUCUUAUAUUCAAUUUAUACACUCUAUCUUGUUACUACUAUUUAUUUCUUACUUCUCCACAUGACAAGGUUUACUCUUGGACAAAUACAACAGUGUAUAAUAUACUUCAUGUCGUUGUGAAAUAUAGCCUAAUUUACAAUACUAAAUCAUUUAAUUUAUAAAGUUUUUAUUAAAAAAAGUAAUUAUUUUCUUAGACUAGAAUUUAGAUAUCUCAAAUUUCAAUUGACAACUUGAAUAUGAAUAGUACGAGAAACAUGUAUAUGAAUAUUGACUUACUAUAAUAUAAGAUAAAUAUAGUCAAGUUAAAGAAAGAUAUAAGAGCUUCCAAACUACUUGUUGAUUGGUACAUUUAGAUUCAGUCUGCAGUUACUCUCCUUUCGUAUUAGUUAAAUUAAGAUUUUUUUCUAUUAGUGUGAUGUCUAAUUUACAUCUCAACUUUUUUGUUCAUUCAAUAGGUCUAUAGCAUAUUGUAUUUAAUAGAUAUAAAUUCUUUUUUUAUCUUGCAACUUCUAUACCUAAAAAGUAUUUUAAAAUUUUGAAGUCUUUAAUUUUAAUUCAUUUGGUAAGUUUUAUUUUCAUGUUUCUACUUGUCAUCAACAUACACUAUUAAAAUAGAACAUUAAUUUUAUUUUAUUUUCAUGGAGAGAGGAAUGGCCUAUGUUUUCUUAUUGAUGGUCAAAAUAAAUAAUUUCCUGUCAAUUGAUAUAUGUCUUAGGACAUCGUUAUCUGACUACAUACUUUACUUUCAAUAUAUACACCUUGGGUAUGACUCAUUAAAACUUUAUCAUCUAAUUUUACAUUUAAGAAGGUAUUUUUAAUAUUUAGUUGACAUAGAUUUAAACUAAAAUGUACUGCCAAUGACAUCAAAUUACAAACUUUAAUUUUACAACAGGUUCAAAUGUCUUCUCAUGAUCUACUCCAUAGGUUUGUGUGAAGUUUUUGGCAACCAUACAAGUCUAGCAAUUUACAACUCCAUCGUUGGAGUCUUAUUUGAUGAUAAAUGCCCACUACGAUCACACUACUAACUUACUUAUUUGUAGAUCCAUUAAUUUUCAUAUUUUUCAAGGCUUUUAUUUUCUCAUCCAUGGCCUUUACCUACUUAAGGUUAUUUUCUGCAAUUGUGAAAAAAAUCAAGUGGAAUAGUGGAAUAUAAAGAAGAUAAAGAAGAAUGAUAGUUAGUAGAAAUUCUCAAGUAAUUUUCAUUUUUAGGUAUAUGGUAUUGUGUACAAGAGCAACUCCCUUAUGAAAAACAAUGAGAAGAUCUAGCUCAAGUCACAUGAAGUAUUUAAGUUUGCCAAGAUAAUGGCUCUUAAGCCUCAUUGUGGUUUGUUGGGUCUCCAUUUUGUGUGAUAGGCUGAGGCACACUUUGUGGAAAAUCUAUUGUGAGGCAUGACAAUGAUGAAUGGAGGGUUAGUUGUAAAGUAUAUAUGAGAGUAGGCAAAUCGAAUUCUAUAAAUUUAAGGUGUCAUGAGAGACCUCCCUCUAAGUUGAGGCCUUACAUAAGGGCUUGGAAUCAGAAAAAGUGACAUAUUUUGAGAUGCUUCCUCAUGUUUAAAGAGUCAAGAUAUUCAUAACCUUUAUAUGUGUGUAAAUAGCAAAGUAAGACACAUCUGACUAUUUUAUGGUCUAAUUUACUAAUAUUUUCACCAAACAGAUUGGUAUAACAUACACAAUAAAAUGUCUUAGGUGGAAGGUAAAAUAGUGAUUUGGUAAUAAAUGAGUUUCUAUGAAAAUUGGCCUCUAAGUGUGGUAGACAAUAUCAUAUUGAUUUUCAAAAGAUUUUGAUUCCUCCUUUGAACUAUAUUUUGUCAAGGUGUAUAAUAGCAAGAGGAUUCAUAAAUGGUUCCUAAAUUUUUCAUAAAAAUGUUGAGGUUAUGUUUGAAAAAUUAUAUAGAAUUAUAUAAGCAAAAGGUCUCAAAUUGAGUGGUAAUCAUGUUGAAGAGAAUUAAACUACUCUUGAUACUUCAUCCCUAUAUCACAUUAGGUAUAAUGAUUUUAAAUGAGUCAAGGUAUUAAUAAAAAUAAUAAAAUAACAAUAUCUGUCCAUAGAGGUGACAAGGGAUAGAUGCUAAAUAUUAGAAUAGAUAAUAUCAAAAGAAUAAUCACUUUUAGUCACAAAAAAUAAAAAGAAAACAUGACAUUUGUUUACAAGUUUAUAAAUUUGAUAAUUUAAGUAACAUAGUGUUUGUAGUCUUAAAGGAUAGAUGACUUAAACAAGAUAGCCAAAAGUAGAUCUCUAUUAUCCCUUAGACUAUCUUGUGACAAUUGAGAGGUGGAACUUAAUGUUGCAUUUUACUAAAGUGGUUGCGAGGCUUGAGUUUGAUUAUUUAUUUACUUUUGUAAUAGCCUUUGGAAUCUUGUGAGAUCUCUUGAUAUCCAAAUAAAUCUUACUUGUGAAGACACUUAGAUGAGGCACAUUAUUUGAGUCUAUGUAGACCAUUGGCUUAUUUCAAACAAUAUCUAAUCUUUCUCCGUAUUCUUUUAUUUAUCUGGUAUUUUCUAUGUAGUUCAUAUAACCACAAUACAUACACUUCUUCCUUGGUGUUUGAUAGUCUUAUCUUUUCACAAUACUAGCAAAAGUUUUGUUCACCUAGUCUAAAUUUUUAAUAUCUUAAAAGAUAGUCAUGUCAACUUACUUUCUUCUUUAAAUAAUAUUUUGUAGAAAACUUGGUCAAGAGACAUAACAUGUUACAUAUUUAUAAUUUGAGCCCUUAACACUUCAUAUUUAUGGUUCAAGUUAGCAAAAAAUUUGAAAGUUAUUCUUAACUCAAUUAUUUGUAUGUGUCAUCUUAGUCCUGUAUCGAUGAUCAUUCACCUAAAUCAUAUGAGUCUAAUUUCAUCCAAAAUAUUUUUUAAGUAAAAUAUUUGAUAAAUAUCAGUUAUUUAUUUAAGUUUAUAAUUAUUAUUCUUAAAUUGAUAGUAAUAUUUUAUGUCCUAUCUUCAUCCAUAUAUUAUUUUUAAUAUCUUGUACAUCUCAUAAGCAAUGUGUUUAUGGAAGAUCACUUAUGGAGUAUUUAUGUUGAGUUCAAGAGUCAUGACAUGUUCAAGCUAUUUUCAUGAUACUAAACUUUGUUGUUUGGAUCUGUCAUGGGAGUUUUAAUAGAAAUACCAUAAAUAUAUUUAAUCAUGUCAUGUGCUUUAAUAUAUAAUUGUGUUUUAGUGGGCUAACCUAAUAAAAUUAUACUCAACUUCUAAGAAGUAAUCUGCAAAUGUGAUUCAGACAUUGUAUAUUUCUCUCUCCUCAUCAAUACAUGAGUUUGGGAGCAUUGGAAUCUAUUGAAAACGAGGACUAGUUUAUGCUUAUUUUUUAUUUUCAAAAAAAUAGCUAGUUAGUAAUUGCAAAAGUUAUAAUAUCAAGCAGUAUUAAAAUCUAAUAAUGGGUUGAAUAAUAUGUCCCAAAUAAUACAAAUCAUAGUUCAAUCAGUAGUGAAUAAAUGGAGAGAGACUUAUCAGAUUAAGACAUUCAAGAUUGAUCUAUGCUCCAAUAUCAUGAAUAGAGAUAAGUUGAGGGUGAACCAAGAAGAAAAAACAGAGGAAGAUGAGCAAGUAAACAUGAACACUUGAGAGAUUGGAAACAAGAAGACAGCUCCAAGACAAGGUGAUAGAUCAAGGUGGUGGUGAGUUAGAGGAAUGACAAGAUAAUGCAGCUGAAAGAUGAGACCAUAGUGAGUAAAGACGAUGGCAAGGUGAGGUGAUGCGUCACAUCUUGCUUGUUGACAUAUGAUUUUGCUCUCACCUCACUUGCACCACCUCCUUCAUAUAGUUAUCUACUACAUUGUGUAGACUUAUUUGAUCAUCAUCUUAUAUCUAAGUAUUAGUUCGGGAAAGGUUUGACAAAUCAUAACUUAUAUAUCAUUUAAUCGUUCUUCUAACACUUCGAUUCAAGUCUGAAUCUCUUGAAUUGGGCCUCCAAGGCUUCUACAUCAUAAUAGAAAUUGUUGUCAUCUCCUCAAGAUGAGUAAUUCAUUGACCAUUGGUUCUGCUCUCCCUUGUUAUACUACACUACUUAUCUUAUUUAUAAGAGAAAGAUAAUAGAAAAGUAAUUACCUGACUUUGAUGAUAAAACCGUGAUCUUAUGUCAUUUUGUCACGCUAUUGUAUGUCAGAAUACUUCAAUCGUAUGUUACAAUUGAAUAUGCUUACAAAUCCAACCAACCUAGACAUUCAUGACCAUAAGUUUCAACUCAGAGGACAACUCUUUCCAUUAUAUUACUGUGUCAUGACACGAGCCGCCUAACCCUUAUUAUAUAAUGUCAUACCAUGCUGUAUGCACUUGCCGUGUCAUUCACACCCCCUUGUCGAGCUUGGGUGCCGUGUUGUGUACAUCCGUCAUGCUGAAUUAACUGUUGACUUCAAAGAUCUGCUUGAGGAAUCUCACCGCACUAGGCUAACCUUGUGACAAAUGGCCCAGGCUGAGAGAAAAUUCUGGACGCCUGGUUCAUGCCCCGACUCCUCUUAACCUUAGGAUGAGCCUAUACUUGCUUUAUCUUACCCUUCCUUUGCACAUAUGAGAUAAAUAAAUGAUGCAGAAAGAAAGAGAAUGAAGGGUUGAUGAGAGAGAGAGAGAGAGAGAGAGAGAGAGAGAGAGGUAUACAAUAUCGAUGGUCGCGGACACAGAUACAAGACGGCAAACAAGCGUCCGCCUCCCAGGGCUGGAGCCAUUAUUUUUCCCAGGUCAAGUCAAUCCAUAAAAUCUGAUCGGGUCGGGGAUAUAAAACCAGGGCGAGCCAAGCUCCGAAGGAAGCUGGCUCAUUAAGAAUCGUACUCAAAGUAUCAUAUUCAAAGUUAUAAAUAGAGAAAGUUAUGUUCUAUUAAUAAAUUCAGCGUUUUCAGUCGAGAGAACGACUAAUAUGGAACUUAUACUGAUCUUGUUCAUCAUCAUCAUCAUCAUCAUCAUCAUCAUCAGCAACAACAACAACAACAAAAGGUGUCAAGGAAUGUCUACACAAAAAGCCCAAGAUAUCGAUUCCAUUGUCAUCUGCAUUAACGGCCAGAUGAAAGCUCCUCAUCUUUAAACUCCGGCGCCGGGGGAAUGGCCCGUCGAUGCAUCUGUGGCCUCCACUUCUGCAUGGACAUAGGAACAUGUAUCUAAUUUAGAAAAAUCGAUGUGUUGGGUUUUCGUCGGCAUUGUGGAUGAUUUCUCUGACAAUUCAAGAAAUAAAGAUUCGAAUGGUUUGCUUCUAUGAGACCUUUAUUUCAUUUCCAUGAAGAAAAGCAGUGCCAGGAAACCGUAACGAAGAAGAAGAGGACGAGGGGAAGAAUCAAGAGAGAUCUACCGUCGUCGAUGAGGCCCUUCUGGUGAUGUUCCGUGCAUUGGAGGAUGUACUUGAACGUCUCGAUCUCGCAUGGGAAGGUGAUGACUCCCUUUUGGUCGAACCCGAACUCCUCCUCGGCCUUCUCCAGCAGCACUUUGAACGCCGGCCUGCUGAGAUAGGUCGUAGGGAUCACGAAUCUCCGGCGUUCCUGCCCGACGUAGACGGCCAUGUAGCCCCUAGGGACGUCGGGAGGAGGUUCGGGGCUCUGGCAGCUCUCCUCGUCGGAGUCGCAGGCGAUGCAGACGCUCUUCAAACGCUUCUCGAUCAGAGGGGAGAUGCCAGAGGGCUUUUGCGGGACCUCCUUGGGCCCCAGUGCGAGUGACUGCCAUUUCUGAAGCAUCUCCUUCAGCCUCACAAUGUGCCGGAUUCCGGUGACCUUGCCGCCGCCGCCGUCCUCAGCCAUGACUUCUCGACCGGACCUGGAGGCCAGAUUUCCGGAAGAGGAAGAAGAAGGGAGAUUAAAAGAGGCCUCGCGGGGGUUCAUCAGGUGGUCCAGUUGCCGAGCCACAGCCUAAACUCUCCCCUCUGCCCGUGAAAAUAAUUAAAAAAUAAUUAACGGCCUAUCUAUAAUCUUGAAGAAAUCUCGACGAUUAUAGCUGCAUGAAAGUCAGGCAAGCCAGGCGAGCAGGUCAUACGGGAGAAGAGCAAAGUGACGAACAAGCCAUGUUCUGGUGCCCGCAUCAAAUUAAAUAAGCGAGAGACCCUUUAGUCCAUCAUCUCUCUGGCUUUCGCUUAAACAACUAGAAAGCAUCGACUUGGAGAGAGAACACCCGAGUGUGGAUGUACAUCUAAUGAUCUUUCCUUCUCUCAAAGAAAUUAUUAAUCUAGAGCAAAGCUCGAUGCUUUAGUAUUACCGCUUUUAAACUCAAGCAAAUGGUAGCUGACGACUAUGCACUAAGAUGUCACCGACGGCAGAUCAGCCAAUGAAGUCCAUACUUCCGCGCUGAGAUGUCGCUGCGUUCAUCAUCGCGGUGAUAUUCGGUGGUCGUUAAAAAGCUGAGAGAAGGAGAAAGAGCGCUAAAAAUGGUUCAGGCGCUUAGGAGUUCAUCCUCUUCGAUUCAAGGAUUCAAGGUAUGCGGGAGCGAGAGAGAGAGAGAGCAUGCGAGGCCAUAGAUUAUCAGUUCUAGGAGGCAGCUGAUCCGAGAGGAAACUUACAGCAGAAGAAACUGAACGACCAGCGAAGACAAGGUAGACAAGGACGAUCGACUGACAGAUGGGAGAAGAAGAAGAGAUGUGGGUUACCUGCUCAAGGGAGGGCAGCAAGAUCGCCAUCAAGGGAAGAGCUGGAGGAAGAGGAGGAGCUACCACAGCCCCCCAGAACGAAGGGAAACAAGAGCGACGGACGCGGGGAUCUCCAUGGCACAUCUUUUCUCUCUCAUCCCCCAUAAAACCGCACCUAUGAAGAACGACGUCCGUCCAUCCUUCGGCUGCUCCGCCCGAUCGCCCGCUACGGCGCCUCCGCUGCCCUACCCCCAGGCGGGAAGGAGAAAGAGAGAGAGAGAGAGAGAGAGAGAGAAUAGAAGAAGAAGAAGGGCCGAGGGCGGGGGGGGGGGGGGGAACGAAGGGCAGGGCGCGAGAGGGGCGUUCGCUGAGGCCUCCUCCACGUAA